UAGUCUCAUCCCUGAAACUCUAGUUCUCUUUCUCUUUCUCUUAUGCUUUGCUCCUCCUACAAUUUAAUCCAUCAAAUACGUAUUUAAGGAAGAAACAGGCAGCCAUGAAGAAAGUUCUUCUGUUUCUAAGUGCUUUUGUGUUCUUUGCCCUAGCCCCAGAAGAAACGAACGGUGCGUUGCAUGGAAAGACGCAAGCAUUAAUCAACCGAGCUAACAAAUUUGGGCCUUAUUUAGGAUUGGUAAUUCCAAAUCUAUUCGAAAUGAAUCCACUACUCCAACAUCCAAGUUUCGUUCCUAGUGAGCUCGUUAUAGAUUUUGCAGGUAGGAGAUUUCGAUUUGGAACAAUUGAGAAAAAGCGAGUUAUAUUGGUGAUGACGGGACUUGGAAUGCUAAAUGCAGGUGUAACUACGCAGCUUUUGCUGAGCUUGUUCGAAAUAGAGGGUGUUGUGCAUUAUGGAAUUGCUGGGAAUGCAAACCCUUCUCUUCAUAUUGGAGAUGUAACUAUUCCUCAGUUUUGGUCUCACUCUGCUCUGUGGAAUUGGCAGAGAUAUGGAGACGGGCCUAGCAACGAACUCCCACUUGAAGAGAAUGGAGACUACACAAGGGAUAUUGGGUACAUAAAAUUUGCAGAUUAUACAACUAGUAAUGUAACAAGCUGCAGCAGCCCGUUUGAUAAUCUUCUAAAUAACGUUUGGUACCAGCCUGAAGAAGUUUUUCCAAUAGAUGGAGUUCCUGAAGAAAGACAACAUGCAUUUUGGGUCCCCGUUGAUUCCCAUUACUUCAAGAUCUCAAGAUUGCUUGAGAGCUUGGAAUUAGAAGGUUGUGUGAAUUCAACAACAUGUUUGGACACAACCCCAAAGGUGACAAGGGUUCAAAGAGGAACAAGUGCCAGCAUUUACUUAGACAAUGCAGCUUAUAGGAGCUUCAUAUACAACAAGUUUAAUGUGAGCCCUGUGGAGAUGGAAAGUGCUGCAGUGGCUCUCGUUUGCCAUCAGCAAAGGGUUCCUUUCAUUGUCAUUAGGGCACUUUCCGACUUGGCCGGCGGUGGCACCGCUGAAUCCAAUGAGGCUGCUACUUUCACUGCUCUUGCAGCUGAUAAUUCUGUCAAAGUUGUGGUGGAAUUCAUCAAGAUUUUACGGUCUUUUCCCUGGCUCCUUCCAGAAGGCAGAAGCUGAAAGAUCAUCAGGAAUGACAAAUGCUUGAAUAAGUUAAAUGUCAGCAAAGGAGAAUAAUUGUUCUGCAGAACAUGCUGGCUGGCUUAAUCUAUCCCUUUUCUUCUCUCUUUCCACGAGCGGAAUAAACUGUAGUUUGGAUCAUUAAAACUUCAUGUCGUUGUACUGAAGCUUUUUCAUUUCCAGUACGAGUAUAUCAUAUAUCAGAUCUGUGUUGUUUUUUUUCUGCA